CUGGACAGAACCAUUCUAAAACAUACUUACGACUGAAAGAGGACUACUGCGCAAGCUGACUUAACGUGAAAUUCUGCGACAUGUAUAUGAAUUAUUCGGAGGAGGAGAGGAACGGCCUCUACUCGGCUGGGUCCCAUCAAGAAAACAUUUGGUUUGCCACCUUCUACAUCAUAGUCUUCAUUCUUUCAGUGCCCUGUAAUGCCCUGGCUCUCUGGGUAUUUUGUCAAAGCAAGAGAGGCUCCUCAUCCAAGGUGUUCCUGCUGAACCUGGCUGUUGCUGAUAUUCUCUACGUGCUAGUUCUGCCCAUGCGAGCGGUCUACCAUGCUUCAGACAGCAACUGGCCACUCGGGGAGGUAUCUUGUCGCUUGGUGGGCUUCCUCUUCUUCCUAAACCUCUACUGCAGCAUGUACUUCAUGACUUGCAUCAGCCUGGACCGCCUUUUGGCCAUUGUCCUACCACUACGAUGCCAGAAUCUGAGGAAAACCGCAAAUGCUAAAGCAGCUUGCGUGAUCCCAUGGGUGCUAGUGACUGCUUCAAUGGCGCCUGUGCUUUUCACAUCCCAGACUGUGACAAUCCAAUCGCCAGUACGGAACUUGACUGUGUGCCCUCAGCUGUACCUUGAGAAAACUUCCCAUAAAGCUUUGGUGUCAACUGCGGUGGCCAUUGCCAUCCCUCUGGCCCUCCUGACAGUCUCCUACAUCCUCAUUUUGCACAAGCUCAGAACAAUGAUUUUUCAUGAGAGAACUCCUGUCCAGCAGAAAGCAGUGAGAAUGAUUGUGCUGACUAUGGUCAACUUCCUCAUUGCCUUCGUGCCCUACCACGUACACCGUUUCCUUUACAUCAAACGCCACACUCAAGGCCACAUAUCAGAUGUUGAAAUUCGAUCGCUGGCUUUCGGCAACCGCUUAACUUCUGCUCUCACCUGUGUCAGUGGUGUGUUGGAUCCAGUCAUGUACUUUUUCCUGGCAAGGAACUACCAGAACACUCUGCUUCGGCUGUGCGGAAGGAUGUCAGAUAAAGACAGGUCCACCACCUGAAUGCGGGACAUUGUCCUCUGUGAAGAACAAAGUGAAAUUGGGACAAAGCUACUCAUAAACUAGGUUUAUAUAGGGAAGGAUUUAUGGUCUACAAAUAAUGUUCCAUUGAUAAUGAGUUUUAAGCACUUUAUAGAAUAUUAUAGAAGCCGUUGUAAAAUAAGUAAUAGGCUAAGUUAAAGUCCUCACUAAAUGAACUGGACAAAUAGGGAUCAUUUUGUGCAAUGGGUGAUUUGGAAAAAAGCCUUGAUGGCAUCAGCUGUUUGAAUGUUCGUCAUGUUUCCUAAAGCAUUACCAGUCAUAUAACUAAAACAGUGAAUGGCAGUCACAUGUUUCCCUUUAUUGGGAAGACACACAGUUUUUCUUUUCCCCUUUCAACUAUGUGACUCAUUUAUGUCACCACCAGCCAGUUUCUCAUCAAACAGCCUAAAAAAGAGGGAACUGUAAUGAAUGUGUGUAUCUGCUGUUCUCCACUUUGGUAGCCUCACUGGUCACAAUAUGCUAUCAGUUACUCAUGGUAGUUUAGGAAUAAAUGUGUAAUAAGAAUAAUCGCAAGUUAUUGCAUGUCUUUAUGGAAGAGUAAGGGAUACAGUACAGUCUGGAAUAGAAUAGAAAACAAAGUUAAAAACAAAUCCAUACAAAAAACCUUUGUCAAAGUAACUUUGGUUAUUCUUUUAUAAUGAUGGACCAUACGAUGCACUGUUAACAUGUUUUUUUCUUCAAUUUUCUUACUCUCUCUUUCAUGUCAACAGAAGCAGACACACUGAAAACCAUAUAGUAGUGGUCUGAGAUUGCAAUAUCCAAAACUCCAUUUAUG